CACAUACUUUGAUGCUAAUGCUUCGAAGCUCUUUAAAGACAAAGCUAAGUCCACCAUGUCCACUUGUGAUUGACGUUGGUGCAGGGACAUGGAUAGUUGGGGGGCUACUGAUGAAGGAUCUUGGCUACGCUAAUGUCGACGGCAUAGACUGCUGUGAAGCCAUACUACAGAAAGCACGUGACAAAAACAUUUACAAGAACGUAUUUGUGAGCUUUGUUGACGAGAAAAAAACGAAGCAGUAUUUUCUGCUUUUUACAGGCGGAAUUCUUUGUUUCACUAUCCGUCAAGACUCGCUGGACCAACCGUCUUAUGGCUACUUGGAAAAAUUCCAGAAAUUGGAGGAUGAAAAGAAGUGAUAGCAAAAGAGCUUGUGGAUUACUACUCAUCUGAAGGAUCUGAAGAUAUAUUUGGGAGUAAAGCAUAUAUUUGUGUCUACCAAGUACUGUGAUUAUGCUG